AUGAAUGCCCAUACUCCAAUCCUACUCUCAUUCAUCAACUUCCCGAAACCAACUGAAGGAACUAAUGAGGCCACCAAUACCAAAGUGUUUGUCGAUGGCCUUCAGUGCUCGAUCCUCAUGAAGCACGAUGUGGAACAUCUCGCAUGCAAAGCGCCAACAUCCAUGCAUAUUGGAGCAGUUCCAAUCACAUUCGAGGUCAAUGGAAAGAGCUAUACCACCAAUCUUGAGUUCACCUACUUUGAUCUUUCCAUGACUGGACAGUCCCAGACUUCCAAUAUUCCAGCUGGAGGCGGAGUGCUCACAAUUGUUGGUACCCAUCUCGAUGUGGCAAACAAGGUGAUGAUCAAGGAUACCGUAGUCACUGGAUGCACUUUUGAGCCCACUCAAAUUACAUGUCCAAUCCCUCCCAACACCCCUGGCCAGUAUGAAGUCAAUGUCCUGGCCAAUGAUACCAUCUACACCUCGCCAUUCUUGAUUGAAUACAUUGGACCCAACCUCGAUCACAUUGAACCUGCUUUUGGAAAUCAAAUGAGACCUACUACGAUCACUCUCUUUGGCAAUGACUUUGGAGAAACAGUGGAGAGCAACUCAGUCUUGGUUGGAGACGUCCCGUGUACCAACCCUGUGAUCAUUGGAAAGGAUAAUGGAAUGCAACUUAUCCAGUGCCUAGUUCCUCCAAUGGAAGAGGCAGGUGACAAACCAGUUGUCAUCAAGGUGUCUGGAAAAUCAAAUGGAGGACAACCAGUUGCAUCAGUAAACAAGGUAACAUUCCACAGCACUGGUCUAAGUUGCCGUGGUCCACCCAAUGAAGAUGGCUCCAACCCUCCUGUGGAUUGGUGGUUCAGCUACAAGCUUAGGAUGACUCAGAACAACUCAUAUCUCUACAUUGACAACACGAUGGAUGAACUGGCAAAGCAUGAUAACCUUGCUGGUGUGACAUCCGGACCAUACAGUGCACUUGCCGCCACCUAUGACCAGUACCCAGAUUAUUACUACAUGUUCUUCAAUGAUCAGCUUGGUGGACGUGACGCCGCUGGAUCAAGAACAAACCCACAAUCACCCAAGCAUGGUCAUGGACAUCUAAAGAGCUUCAUUCUGUUUGAACAAGACCCAGCCACAAAAAAGUACCGUGGAAUCACAGUGAUGCACUCCAACCCGGUAUUCCCAGGAUUCACAGGAACUGGUAAUACUUUUUAUGGUAUCAACGAUGGAAUCAAAUGGCUUGGCUCACCAAGGUACAGUCAACACUUCUUCUGCUACCAAUGGGAUGACAUUGAGACUCAAUUCGACUACAUCAUUCACAAUGAUGCAGGUCUGAUUGAUCAGAACUACAAGGCUCCAGAUCUCUCUAAGUGGGAUGAUAACACAAAGAACCAGUACCCCUACUUCUAUGACUACAUGACUGAAUGGGAGAGCCUACCAGCUCGUGUUCCUGGCCCCAAUGGCCCGCCACAAUGCACCCAAGAUUGUUUCCAUGAUGCCUGUCAGGAUGUCGUUGCCAAAGAGACCAACCUUAACAAUAUCUGUCACUGGGUCUCGCCUAACAUCAACAUCAGUGGCAUGGUUGCCAAUUACUUUAUGAAGACAUCGAUCGAGCUGAACAAGGCCAAGUUCCCACCCAUCAGUGAUGAGGCGACUUCCAAACUCAGUCCAUUCAUUGCAAAAAAUGAGCGAUCAAAUGUCUAUGAGGGUGUGGACACUUGGAUGGUAGUAGCAGAUCACUACCAGCGCAUGAUGUUCAUUGAGUUCUUCUAUGCCAUUGGUAUGUAUCAGAUGUCGCCCACCAACUCUGUGAUCAAUGUUGGUUCGCUCUAUCUCCCACCAAACCUGUCCGAGAGAGUAUGGAACCCGAGGAACGGCACUUUCACCUACAAAGAGUACAUAUUCUCUGGCCGAACCAAUGAUCAUUCCAAGAUGGGAUUCCCAGUGUAUCCUGCCGUUGGUGAUAAUGUCCGUGCACCAAAUGAGAACAUGUUCUGUGUUGGUGACUCCAACAGACACAAUGGUCAAGGUAUCCGAGGAGGAGGUGCACUUUGUUUCCAACAUCCAACUCUGUCCUACCAAUUCAACAGAAUGGUUCGAGAGUAUAACUCAAUCAAUGCUGGUUCAAAAACAACUCAGAGACCUGGUACUGAUGCCCAAUACUUUAUCAACUCUGUUACCCAACCUCUAAAGAUCAACAGGAAUGAUUGGACUAAUGAUAUCACAUUUGAGGUGAUGGAUUCAGUCAAUGGAACAAUCUCAUCAAGACUUCCAAGAUACUUUGGUGUUGCAAAUGAGAGCACUCUUGGAAGUCCUCAAGAUAUUGUAGCUGAAAUCCCUGUGAUGAGGACAUCAAUGUCCAAAGUAGGACCUGAAGCUCUUGACCUCGGAAACAUUCCACCACAGCCCAGCAUCAAGGGAUAUGUUGCCGACGAUACUGUCGCCGUUAACUAUAUCGCCCACGACUCGAGCAUUGCAUCAAUAUGUGAUUACCAACCUUCACAGUACCCUGAUGAAGUGUGUGACCGCAAGCUUGCUCGUCGCACCCCCAUGCCAGAGUCUCAACCAUCCCAGGCACCAGUCCUCUAUCCCACCAACUAUGAACAGCCGUACAUGUCUCCAUUUGCCACUCGCAGCUUUGAGACUCAAGGAAUCAAUGACCUUCAGGUGAUCUCUUAUACCAAGGAUGUGAGAAGUAGACUUACUGAGAUGCCAAGUAUGUUGCCACCUAUCCAAUACAUCAUCAAUCCAUCGGCCCAGGUUCCAUCUGUAACUGGAAAGUAUACAACUCGCAAGGUUGCCACCAAGUGUGAGGAGGAGCUGGCAUAUGAUGUAGUUAUAUCCUAUGUCUACCAACAAUCAAGCUACCGUCCACAAUCAGAGGUAAUCUAUAUCAUCGACAACAACCUACCAAACUGGGCCAAUGGAGUCCUCUACGCCAUUUCCAAGUACAUCCACAACUCUUUCCCUCCAAUCCAAGACAAGACCACUGCCUUUGAUCAAUGUGUCGUUCAAUAUUUCCCCAACAUGACCAAUAUUGUUACUUACAAGGAGACUAGACCACAGGUGAAGGGCACUCAAUGGCAAUUGUUCUACAGAACGGCCGCUGCAACAUGGGACAUGUUGAACCCUACCAUAUCCGAUGGAAAGGGUGGUCGUAUUAACAGAGCCACUCUUGUCGAUAUGAUCCCAUAUGACCUACUACUGUCCAAACUGAUCGAGCUCAAACCAUCUGAUGGUGUAGACUCGCUCCAGAAGUUGCUCACCGCUCUCGGAAACCCUGUCUACGACAGUGUGACCAACAGAAAGUCAUUGGAGAACAACUACCUCAUUUCCAAGCGCAAGUCUUGA